AUGCAGAACAAAUCACAGCGUUCGCGGAAGAGGGUACGAGUCCCUGCUGCACUCCAUGCAGAACUCACAGAACACGCCAUGUUAAUCAAGACAAUCCGGACAAAUCACCUGCUUGAUCUUACUUAUCAACUAUACAGCCAUGCUAGUGCCCAACGCGUCGUCGAUCGUGAAAAUAUUCGUCAAGGCAAGGGAAAGUUGAAAACAAGAGAUACUUGGACUACUUGGCCUCUGAUAGAUUGCUUUAUUCCGGAAUGGCGGAUUGAAGAUGAAGUCAAAACUCUUGCUGAGGCGGUGGCUCGUCAGCUCAAAACUAAACAUCUAUCGACAAGACACCCAUCAGAAUCUCAGAAUGAUGUAGAAGAACACGACGAUGACGAGUUGGAACCGUUAUCGCCAAGCCUUCUCCAAGCUCUGGUCUGGCAAGCCACCAAGAUCCUGGUCUGCAUUUUGGACUCCAUUCUCGAACAGCGCCCAGCGGUAGCAGAUAGCAUGCAAAAUAGGAUGUGGGCAUUUAACUGGGAGGGUGUUCUCAGAGUCUUGAUCUCGGGUAUGACUCUAGACAGAACCGUGAUCUUUGCAGCAAAGAAGCGCCUGUCUUCAAUAUACGGUUCAUCCAAGACUCUUGACAUCGCUUUGUCGAGAAUUGGGCACAUCAAAUCUCGCACAUCUGUGUUUGCUGAACUCUCAGAGAGCUCAAUGGUUUCAGUUCUCAGCAUAACAAGCAUCGAGAUUGGGUUCAACGUACUUGUUAACCACGCUUUUAUAAUUACACCGCUUUUGGUAUACUGGACAAGAGCAACGGAUUCAACCGAAGUUCAUAUGACGGGGAUCAGAUCACACCGGCAAGAACCGCACUUUACCUGGCCGAAUUCAUAUCUGUCAUACAAGAUCCGAGCCACCUCGCCCUCGUCGUUCCUCGCACUAGUAAACCUCUAUGAGAACAUGGAUCCCAAACAACGAUCAGGAAUCUUCCGAGAAUUUGAUGACCCAGCGCUGAACAUGGGCUACGCCUGCAUUGCUAUCACACGAGUUAUACUUAGGCGAGCACAAGUCAUCUGCGCCCGUUACUACUAA